AUGAGUUCUGACAUGAAAGAUAUUGCGGUGAAAUUCAAUACUUUCAGCGUUGUUAACAAAUGUGCUGAUUUCAAAGAGGAAACUGUAUAUAAAGUGCAGAGUAAUGAUAUAACUGAAGCUAGUGACAAGUAUUGCAGAUAUCAUGCUGGUAAACUGUUAUACGAAGAACAUCAUGGUGCGCUCCAAGAUGAAUUACAGGCUUUGGUUUACUUACAUGAAACAGCAGACUAUUUACCAGCGAGGUCUAAGAUAUUUGAAGAUGCUAUACGAGCAUCCGAGAAGAAUGCUUCAUCAUUAUAUGGGAAUAUUAUGUGGAACGGUGAACAUAGGAAGCAGAUUGAUAGUGCUAAGGCUGUAGAAAUGUAUAAAGUAUCAAGGAGUCGUGGCAAUGAAAAAGCGGGUGAAAUUUUAAAAAGAAUUGAGGCUAUAAAAUUCACGCUGUGGAAAAAGCCACUGCACAAAAUUAGAGAUUUUAAGUGGUGA